AUGGGGAUAGAAGACCAAACUGAUGUCGAGAAGUCGACCGAACCUCCUAUACGUCCUCACACUCUCCCUGUGAGAUAUAUAAAACACCUGCUCCUGACCAGUGCCGAACAUGGCCUCACCGGCGCCGAAGCUGCGAGACGUCUGGAGCAGGAUGGGCCGAACAGGGUGGAGGGUGUUAAAGAGCUAUCCGUUUGGAAGAUUCUCCUGAGGCAGGUCUCCAACAGCUUGACCAUGGUCCUGAUCCUUGUCAUGGCACUCUCGUUUGCUAUCAAAGACUUCAUUGAGGGCGGUGUGAUUGCUGCGGUUAUCCUGCUCAAUAUCGUUGUCGGGCUCAUUCAAGACUACCGUGCCGAACAGGCGAUUCAGUCUCUGUACGCGCUGUCAGCACCUACGAGCAAAGUGAUUCGAUCCGAACACAUCGAGUCCAUCAGGGCUGAGUCUCUUGUCAAGGGUGACAUUGUCGUACUUAAUGUUGGCGACAUCGUCCCAGCGGACCUCCGUCUGGCUACAGCGCUGAAUCUGUCCACCGACGAGGCAUUACUGACGGGUGAAUCCAUGCCUAUCAGUAAGAAAUUCGAAGCUGUUUUGCAAGAUGCCGCGUAUGUCCCUCUUGGAGAUCGUGUCAAUAUGGUAUACUCAGCAAGCACCGUCACGCGUGGCCGUGCAACUGGAAUCAUCACGGCUAUCGGCAUGGAUACUGAGGUCGGCAAAAUCGCUGAGCUACUUCGGGCCAAUCCUAAUGCCAACCGCAACCUUUCUCCGCUUGCCGCGAAGUGGAAGCGUGUCAAGGCUGGUACCCGGAACAUUCUGGGCUUGGAGGGAACACCUCUUCAGGUCAAGUUGAGCAAGUUCGCUCUGCUGCUCUUUGCUCUGGCCAUUCUUCUCGCCAUUGUCGUGUUCUCGGCCUAA